CAAGUAGGUGUCCGCCUACCUUACGAGCCUCAUUUCUUGAACUCGGAACUCGACACGUUGGCCACUUGGGUGUUCUCGGUAUAGACGGCUGUCUCUCGUUUCAAACACACGUCAUCACCUCACCUUGGAUCGGGACAAACGACCACUUCAGGCUACGCGUUGUACGCAUACAUACGCCUUGACGCCGCCACUUGUUGAAGACCUUUCGACCGUUCGUAGACCGGAUCCAAUGGCACCACGUUCGUCACUCAAGACGCUCGUGGAUCGACGUAGGAGGGCUGAUGGCGACGAGGAUGAGGAAUCAGUCACAGGUGUCGAUGACUCUCAAAGCGACGGCUCCGUUGCCAGCGAUGCGGACAACACAGUCGACACAUUAGACGCAGAUGCCGAUGCAAGUGAAUUCAGCGACGUCGAGGACGCCAUAGCCUUGCCCAUCGACCAGACAGUACCUCAAUCUGUUGGGCCGGAGAAGACUGGCCGUACGCGUUCAAAGAAGUCGUCCAAAGGCACAAAACAAGACAAGAAGCCCUCAAACACAAACACUAGCGAGUCUGUUGCGCAAGGAUCGGUCGCAGGAGAGUCGAAUGGUACCGAUGUGUCAACUGCAGCAGCCGGCGCACCCAUCGUAUCAUCCGAUGGUGGUCCAGCAAGAAGAGGAGAAAGCGUAGCAGACCGAAGGAGGCGCGAGCACGACGAUUACAAGAAGAAGCGAGACACAGAUCCAACUUUCAUUCCCAAUCGGGGGAACUUCUUCAUGCACGACGCUCGCACUCCCGAUCAACGAGGCUUCAGUUCCUAUGGACGUGGUAGAGGGGGGAGGGGUAGGGGCGUUCCCCAAGCUCCUAGCAGUCAUGUUCCGCCGCCAGUCGAGCGCACAGCCGAUGCACCCUGGACGCACGACCUACACGAAACCAUCAACGAACGUGGUGGCCCACCUGCUCGCCAGCGACCACCGCAAUUCCCUGCCAUCAACCCCGAGCCUGUCUCUCGAGGCACUUCCACGGCUCAGCCAAACCCACUGAACUUUUCGAAGACCACGCAGAUUGGCAGUGUGCAGAUUCGUGUCUCGCUGCCCGGCAUGGCCGCUGCUGUCCCUUUUGCCGCUGUUCCCGUAAAGUCACACACCCGAUUGCCCGAUCACAGGCCCCCUCUCCGCCGCGACAAGCCUGUUAGGAUCUCUAUGCCUGACCAUCCCGUCCGCUAUGUUUUCCCGGCUGCAGAGCGAUCCUUUAUCUUCAUUCCUAGAGCAUUGAGGCCCAACCAACAAGGCUUUGGCAAGGCAAGAGGUAGUUUUGGCGCUUAUGGGGCUCCAUCGAGCAGACGCCAGAGCCUGUUCGGCGGUAGUGUAUACUCACAAGCCAUGUCCAUGAGUCGUAGAUCGUCUCUAGCCCGUGAUGUGCCUAGAGAUUCGGCUUUUUCUCCCACUGGCUCAUACACUGCUCGUGGCCAUCCUGGAUCUGGCCGCCCGGUCGUUCGUUUGCCCCAAGCUGGGUCACAUCGCUCUUCGAACCCAUCGCCUGCCGGCUCCGCCUACGGCCGUUCUUACCCUCAUUCCUACCCUCGGCCUCAGACGCCGGCCGUCGAACAUUGGGCCGAGCCGGACACUGUGCAUCAGCCUCGCCCACAAAAGACCAUAUCGAUGACCGGUAUAGAAUCGCCUGCAGGGCUUGCUCUUCACGCGCCGCAGCAGCAAAAGCAACAGCCAUUCCACAAUCAGCUGCCGCAGCACAUUGCAGAAGGCAGCAUUAGUACUCAGUCGGCAUCUUCGGACAUGGCGCCGCAUCCACUUGGCCCAGCAGGAUAUAUGUACCCCAGCGGCACACCACUCUCCAACAUUCCAGAGAGAGCGAUUCAUGCACAACCGUUCCAACCACCUGCAUCUAAUUUUUAUUCACCAUAUGGUCCCUCUGGCUAUUACUACCCACCACAGCCAACACAAUACGGUGCGAUGCCAUCAUAUGCUCCACCCACAGCACAACCAAGUUACGCGCCUCCUGAAGCACCCAUGACCAGCGAUCCGCAAGGUACUAUGGCGCAUGAAAGCAACGGCAUGGUCUACUACACACAGCUACCACAGUAUGCCUCCCAGGAAGGCUAUUUGCAGCCGUAUGCUGUUCCAGGCAUGGGUGGCAUGAUGACACCGAGCCCUGAAGGUGCCUACUAUUAUGCAAACGCUGGUCAGAUGUACUACCAGUAAGCAUGAUGGACUUCUUGUUCCUCCUGGGAAUGGAGGGAUUCUCAUGGCAUAGGCGAUUCUAGUUCUUUGGCUGUAGAACACAUUAUGCAUUGCGAUGCCAAAAUCUGCAAGACCAGACUAGAUGAAACCAUCUGCCCUACGUCGACUUCACCAAAGAAGUGGCGAUUUACAUACAUCUCUUCCACACAAACAUGACAUGAGUCGGCAUUGACGAAACGAUUCGAUGAUUUAAUACCCUCUUUUUCCUUUUCUUUCCUUGUGUUUUGUUUACUACAGUUGCAUGGGCGUCGCAGCAACGACAGAGCGGUGGCAGGAAAUUGGUACAUAGGCUUUGAAGUAGUACUACGACAGACAGACAGAAUUCAGCCAUGACUACGAGCAGAGUUGAAGUAACGCGUUGAUUGUUUGCAUAUUGAAACGUCAGAAAGCGACAGG